AUGGAUUCGCCGCCGGAAAAGGAUGACCGUUCCCAUCGCUGGCGCUCUUCUACUCUCAAACUCAACAAAGACUCCGUCAAAGUGAAGAAGCGAAGGGCCCGUACCGCUGUGUACACCGUUGAAACGAGCGAAUUUAGGUCCUUGGUCCAGAGCCUCACCGGCCCGUCGCGCUCUCCGCCUCGCACACUCAGCUCCACCGGAAAGAGCCUUCCUUUACCGGAUCAGAAGCAUUUGGCCACUAGGUCAGCUACAUCUGCUAGUACCAUCACGUUGGACGACGACAUGGAUAACGAGCAAGGAAGAGUUAUUUAUGCAGAUAAAGAACCCGACGGUUUACCGGACGAGUUAAAGGGGUUAUCUAUGUAUUUCUCUCUCUUCCCAUCAGAUUAUGAGUUUAGAAGAGAUGAGUUGGUUCAAAUGUGGAUGGCUGAAGGCUUUAUUGACGAGAGCCAAAGAAAGACAACGGAGGACAUUGGUUGUGCUUAUUUCAAUUCCUUAGAAAAGAUAGGCUUUCUUGUGCCCUCUAGAUGUGAUUUCAGUGUGGAUUUUGAUUCAGUGUGUUCGGUACCCUCGUAUAACCCUGGAAAAUUGUUGUUCAAGGUGAAUCCUAUCAAGCUUUCAGAGUUGAUAAACACAACUGCUCCGGUGGAUUAUUUCGCUGCUGUGGCUGGUAGUUUGGAUGGAGACUUGGAAUUGACACAGCAUUUGUCUUUGAAUUGUAAGGACAUUGAUCAGAUGACUUUUGGAAUUCUCAAAAAUUUUAAGCAUCUGCGCACGCUCCUACUCCUCUCUGGCCAUGAGUCUUCCAUCAAACAUAUUCCUCGUGAUCUGUUUUUGAACUUAAAGGAUUUGAGAACACUGAAUUUGAGUCGAACACUUAUUUCGGAGGUGCCAAGUUCCAUUCGAAAUAUGAAAUCAUUACGAUAUUUGGAUCUCUCCAAUACUCGCGUUACGCAGUUGCCAGAGUCAAUAGAUUCUCUUCGCCAUUUGCAGACUAUAAAACUAAGAGGCUGUGUGCACUUCCUUCAGUUGCCAAAAGGCAUGAAGAAGCUGAUCAAUCUACGACAUAUGGAAUUGGAUAUCAUUCGGCAAUUACGUGCCAUGCCCCCAUUUUUAGGAAACUUAACUAACCUUCUGACUUUGUCAGCAUUUCUAGUUGGUCGAGAGGAGGGGUGUCGGAUUGGAGAGCUUCAGAAUUUGAAUAAUCUUAGGGGAGUACUUCGCAUUUCAAGGCUUGAAAAUGUGUCAGAUAAGGAUGAGGCUAAGGAAGCUGCUUUGAUUAAUAAGCAAUACCUCCAAAGGCUAGAGCUUCGUUGGAGUAAUGUGUUCAUAGAGAAAAUAGAGGAGCAACAGAAAAUCCUUGAUUGUCUUCAACCCCAUGCUGGUCUUAAAGAGUUACAGAUACAACACUAUGCCGGGUCAACACUUCCAACUUGGAUAAGCCAUCCAUCUCUUUCUGCACUUGUUGUUCUUACUCUAUACAGAUGUAUUAAUUGUCAACUUCUCCCGUCUAUUGGCCAGUUACAAAUGCUCAAAUCUCUUUCUAUUAUAGAGAUGAAUGAGGUGAAAGAAAUCAACCAUCAGUUUUAUGGAGGUGGACUAGUUGAUCAAGCAUUCCAUGCAUUUCCAAAACUUGAGAUAUUAGAAGUUGACAUCAUGUUCAAUUUGAAAGAGUGGAAGGAAGUAAAGACAGGUGACUUUCCAUCCCUACUUAAACUCACAAUGGACUCUUGCCCCGAACUUGACAGUCUUCCAUCACUUUCUUGGCUGAAAUCCCUCAAGCAUUUGGAGUUCAGGCGUUGUCCAAAGCUUCUGUCCUUACCUUCUGAUGGACUACCAACUUCACUUGAGUCUUUCAUAGUAAUAGAUUGCCCUGAACUGAAAGAAUGGUGCCACAAGGUGGAAGGUGAAGAUUGGAGUAAAAUAUACCAUGUCCCCAGCAUAUGGUUUGAUUGUGAAGAGGUAAGAUCCAAGUCCCAUCGUAGGCCUGGAACAUCAGGAGAGAUUUCUGAGGUGAAUAUGGAAUUGGAUGGAUGAAAAUCAACUCUCUGUUCAUACCUCGAGCAUCUUAAGUUUUCAAGAAUAUUCUUGAAGAUCUAUCCCUGAAAGAUGAUCUUUACCAAUUGCCUGCUAUGAUGGCAAUGUUCGUGCAAUUGAGGUGCUCCAUUUUUACAUUCCUGCUGGAAAUACAGAGCUAGCCUUCGUCUUUACUAAGCUAUCAAGCCUCUAGUCUCUAUGAUACUCGGAAAUUUUGGUACUUGCGGGACUCAAAUCCACAACUGCUGCCAUAUGCAUGAUUCGUUGGCUGGCUUUUGUGCUUAUCAAACAAGUCAAUAUAGCAUUGCAAGGCUACAACUGGUUGUUGCUAUGGUUUCAGUUCAUCUUCACUUAAGUGCAAACUCAGACACAUAUUAUGGGUUUUCCAACCUGGUAUGUACUGGCCUAAAUCCAGUAUCCCUGUAAAUGGAAUUAUUGAUAUUUGUUUGAUUGUGAAUAUGAUUUCCUAUCAAAUACAUCUUCCUAUAUUUAGAAUAACUGUCAACUAACUCCAACUCGCAUUCUUGUUCUGUCGAUUGACCUGUCCAAGCAAUUAGGAGUUAGCUGAUGCAUGUCGGGUUCCCUGCCUCUACUGAGCACAGCUUUUCAAACCACAUUGUUGACAGGUGGGAGAUUCAAGACUAUUCGGCCUCUAUCUUCGGGGAAUUCUGGGAAGUAAAUUGUUUCGUUGGAAAUCCAUGACAUGAUUCUAGUAUACGCACCACCUUUGUUAGUAAUUCUUGUGAAAUGAAACCAAGAAUACUAGAUAUAGCUUCCGGAUCAAGAGGUUUAGCUGCACAAACCUGCUCCAUAGUUGUAGUUCUUUUCAUGAUUGAUUUGUGUAAGGUAAAUGCCUGAUGUACACAAGGCCCAGUUCUACGGUUGAGACAAAUAGAGUUCCGACAACUGUCUUGUGCAGAGAUAACAUCAGCUAGAGGGAUUUAAAAGAAACAGAGUUCUCUUGUCGGAAAAAAAG